AUGGCCUCCAGCACCAGCUCGCAGCCCCGACGCACUGCAAGAGCCGAACACCUGUCCGGCCGUACCACCACGUCGGGAAAGCAGCCGGUGGACACAGGCAACAAUGCCCCACCGAAGUCCCGGGUCGAGCGGCAGGUGCCACCCACUUUCAACACGACCAUAUUCCACGAGUCCCGAGACUCAACCGCAAGCUUAAACCCAUUUCACAACCCGGACAAGGAUAAGUUUACACUCCCCAAGGAAGAAAGGGCGCGCCCAGCGUUCGAUUGGUCGAGCGCGCCAUCGACGAGCAGCAGCGAACAGAGCGCGCUGCACCAGCUGAUGCGCGACCCCGCGAGCCUCGCCAAGAUCGCGAGAGCAUACCGCGUGCUGAAAGCCCGCAAACAGCAGGAGGACGAGGAAGCCGCCGCGUGCGCGCUGUCCGAGGACGACCGCCGGAGCCUGGAGGAGACGUUCAGCUGCAGGCUGUCUGAGCUCUCGAUCGCGGACGCGGGAUAUGUGGGCCCGAGGGUGUCGGUGGCGGAGUCGGUGGCGUCGGAUGAUACGGUCACCCAGGACGAUUAUGUUGCGGGGCAUGAUUUGAGCGAUUUCUAUUUUGAUGCGAAGUUAGGCGGGGCGUAG